AUGGGCCCCCCCUUCGCCGGUUCAAAGCGCCGCCGCGAACCUCACAAUGUCGACGUGAAGCUGGUGGAACUCUACGAGGAUCUUGCUAGCGAAAAAGAUGACAUCCGCCUCAAGGCUGCCCAAGCCCUAGUGUCGCAAUUCACUCCGGACCAGAACCCCGCCGAUGAACAGAUCAAGAAGGUGCUGUCGAGACUCUUCCGCGGUCUCUGCAGUAGCCGCAAAGCUGCCCGAAUCGGAUUCUCAAUUGCCUUGACAGAGAUUUUGAGUCAGGUCUUCUCGUCGCCGAGAGAGACAUCACGCUUCGGCUUCUCGGAUGCUCUGAAUCUCUGGGAGUCUCAGUCGAGUUCCUACGGCAGCGAGUCGGGACAGGAGCAACGCGACCAUCUUUUCGGCCGUCUUUUCGGUGCCGAAGCGAUCAUCAAAUCUUCCGUUCUAUUCCAGCCCACCGUGCCCUUCGAGCAAUGGACCCAGGUUAUCGAUCUUGUUCUCGAACUCGCACAGAAGAAGCCGUGGAUCCGCGAAGAGUGUGGGUGGAUUAUCUACCAGUGUGUCUACGAUCUGGCUGCGCGCAAGAUGGAACCCAAGUACAUCCAGUCCGCGCUGGAACAGCUAUGCGUGCGCGACCUCGCCCGGUCGCCCGAGGGUGUCGCUAUCUGGUUGGCGGCGAAGGAUAUGUUCCCCAACGCUACCUUCCCGAGCAAGAUCUGGAAGCAUGAUGAUCCCCUGGAUACGAAGGAGCGCAGCAGCAUGUCGAAGAUCAUGAAGGAAUCGGGUGCAGCAGCCAGCGAGGGCGAGACCAAGGUGAACACUGCGAAGUCCUCUGGCGUUUGGAACAACAAGCUUCACUUCGCCUGGGAUGCGGUUCUGUCUCGGACCAGUAUUGAGGCGAAGGAUAAGUCGAAGAAGUCCCGUAUGACCUUCACUGAUUUCUGGACUGAGGUUGUGGACAAUGGAUUGUUCGCUGCUGCAUCCUCGGACGAGCGUAAAUACUGGGGCUUCCUUCUUUUCAACAGAAUUCUCAAUGAUGGCGGGUCGCAGCAGGCCUCUCAGAUUUUCACCAAGAAUCUUAUGCGAUGCUUGACGAACCAGCUCGCCGUGGAGGACCGGUACUUGCACAGAAUGGCUGUUAAAGUGGCCAAGGCGAUUCAUGCACGUGUAUCCAAGGAGCCUGGAUUCGCAGCUGCGGCCAUCCGUGGCUUGAUGGGAACCAGCGGCACGCUGAACUUCGACCAGGCUACAAAGACCAAGACUGUUGAGAAGAUUGUUGCCGAAGCCAACCACGAGGCAUUGGAAGAGAUCGUCCCAUUCUUCGAAAAACUUAUUCAAAACCCCGGCACAACUGAGGAGAAAACCGCUGCAUCCAACCGUCAAUUCGUCGCUGGUCUCCUUUUGUCAAUUGUGCGCUCCAAGGCGUCUGCCAAUGAAGACGAUGCCGAAGACCUCCAAGCAAGCCUUGAACAGAUUCUUUCCAUCUUCGUGCGCUUUGCAUACUUCAUGGAUGCCGGCAACGGUUCCACCGCCCCUGAGCCUCCUCUCUCAUCGGCGACACAAGAACUCCUGCGCAAUCGAAUCAACUCCUGCUUGAACAGCCUUAUUUCCAACCAAAAGUUCGCCGCUACGCUCCCGUAUGCUGUGGUGAAGCAGAUUCGCGAUGCAGCCAAGUCUGGCGAGUUCGGCAAGUUCAUCAUUGCUAUUGAUGAGAAGCUGUCGGAAUCUGUGAAGGCUGCUUUCAAAUCUCUCAAGAAGUUGUCUAGCAGGGAGAAGAAGGAGAAGGGCAUGGCCGCAUUCAAGCUGCUUUACUCUAUGACUAUCAUGCAGGUGUACAAUGGAGAUGCAGACGCGGUAUCCAUGCUUGAUGAGCUGGAGUUCUGUUACACCAAGUUCCUGGGCGACAAGGAAACCAAGACGGAAGACGCCGGCGACGCCUCGGAUGCGCUGGUUGAGAUCCUUCUCAGUUUCGCAUCCAAGCAAUCGCAGCUGUUCCGUCGGAUGAGUGAGCAGGUGUUUGGGGCAUUUGCUAACCAGAUCACCGAGAACGGAUUGGAAUCUUUGACCUCGAUUCUUGAGGCCAAGGAGAGUCUUGCUGGACAGCAAGAGAUGUUCGAAGAGCAAGAAGAUGAAGGGGAGGAAGAAGAAGAAGAAGAAGAUGAUGACGGUGACGAUAUCAUGGAUGUCGACGAGGAUGAGCUCGACAGCGAUGUUGAGGUUGUCGAAGCCGGCGGCUCCGGCUCCGACUCUGACGACGACGAGGAAGAAGAAGAAGACAACGAAGAAGACGCACAGGAAGUCGCCGCCUUCGAAGCCAAACUAGCCACAGCUCUCGGCACACACCGCGCAGACGAAGACGCGUCCGACUCCGACGCUGACAUGAACGACGACGAGAUGGACGAGCUAGACGACAAACUGGUGCAAGUAUUCCGCGCCCGUCGUCAAGAAACCUCCCACCGCAAAGACAAGAAAGACGCACGCGAGAACAUGGUGAACUUCAAGAACCGCGUCCUAGACCUGCUAGAGAUCUUCGUGAAGAAAAGCCACACCCGCCCGCUCGCACUAGAUAUCCUCCUGCCGUUGCUCCGACUAUCUCGUCGGACGAGCGUGAAGCAGAUCGCCACUAAAGCCAACGGAGUGCUGCGCGAGUACACGAAGGUGUGCAAGGGCAAUUCGCUCCCGAAGAUCGAGGACGAUGCACAGGUGGAGGCGCUCUGGGAGCUGCUCCGGUCUGUUCAUAAGGAGGCUAGUCAUAGUGGACCUAUGGGCCAUGCGACUGCCUGCAGCCAGGCUAGUUUGCUUGUUACUAAAGUGCUUGUCGCGCAUGAUAAGGAUGCUAUUGUGGGUGUUGUGGAUGUUUACGCCGCUACUCGCAAGGAUCAGCUCAUGAGCACUAAGUGUCAUGUGCAGCCGUCGUUCUUUUCGGAGUGGAAUAACUGGUGUGUCUCUGCGAGCAAGCAAUUGAAGUGA